AGAAGGGGACCUGGAUGGCCGUGGCUGAAGGCGGCUGGUGCGCGGUGAAGCGGUGCGCUGCGGACGCCAGCGCUUCCUCCUGUCCCUUCGCGACCAGGGAGCCGCGCCCGUCUCCUCCUUCGCCCUCCUCCUCCUCCGGCUCCCAGGGUGAACGCGGCUCCUCCAAGACUCCUCGGCCGGAGACCGACGACAGCCACCGGCCGGCCCCGCCGCCGCCCCCCGCCGCCGAGGGCAGGUCGCUGCUCGCCCCCUACGUACACUUCGGGACCCCGCACCCCUCCGGCCGUCCCAGCUGGGAGGACAUCCUGCUCUUCGCGGACUUAGACCAAACCAACAAGCUGAUCUGGUCCAGCCGCGGCCCCAAGCUGAGCGCCCUCGGCGCCGAGCAGCCCGAGGAGAUGUACCAGACCCUCGCCAUCUCGGCCGCCCAGGGCCCCACGCCUUACGACGGAUCUCCGGGCGGCUUCAUGCACUCCACGGCCAGCUCGCCCGUCUACGUGCCCACGACCCGCGUGGGCUCCAUGCUGCCCACGCUGCCGUACCUGCAGGGCAGCGGGGCGGCCCAGCCCAGCCACCCGGGCGGCGGCCACGCCGUCUGGUCCCAGCCGGCCGCGGAAAGCCCUUCGUAUAGCAGCGGCGGCGGCUCCCACCCCUCGGGCCGCUUUCCCUAUUCCCCAAGCCCGCCGGUGGCCAACGGGGCCUCCCGGGAGCCCGGCGCCUACAGCAACAGCCUGGGCGCCAGGGACCAGUACAGCCCCCUGGCCCGGCCGCUCAAUGGCUCCUACCCGGGGCCUUACACGUCCUACGUGGGGCCGCAGCUCGCCCCUGCCUGGCCCACGGCGCCCUUCGAGAACUCCAUGCUGCACUGCCUCCAGGGCCGGGCCGCCCCCAUCCCCGUCCGGGCACCCAGCGCAGAGCUGCUGGAGGACCUGUCCGAGAGCAGGGAGUGCGUCAACUGCGGCUCCAUCCAGACCCCGCUGUGGAGGAGGGACGGCACCGGCAACUACCUGUGCAACGCCUGCGGGCUCUACACCAAAAUGAACGGGCUCAGCCGGCCCCUCAUCAAGCCCCAAAAGAGAGUGCCUUCGUCGCGGCGGAUGGGCUUGUCCUGUGCCAACUGCCACACCACGACCACCACCCUGUGGCGCAGGAACGCCGAGGGCGAGCCCGUCUGCAACGCCUGCGGCCUCUACAUGAAGCUCCAUGGGGUUCCUCGGCCUCUUGCUAUGAAAAAAGAAGGAAUUCAGACGAGGAAGCGAAAACCUAAGAAUAUAAAUAAAUCAAAGGCAUGCUCUGGUAACAGUACUACUGCAGUUCCUAUGACUCCGACAUCCACGUCUUCUACUAACUCAGAUGACUGUAGCAAAACUGCUUCUCCCGGUGCACAGACUGCAGCCUCCGGGGCGAGCUCGUCGGUGAUGUCUGGCCCGGGAGAGAGCACCAGUCCCGAAAGCAGCAACCUUAAGUAUUCAGCUCAAGAUGGGCUGUACACAGGAGUCAGCCUGACCUCCACGGCCGAGGUGACAGCAUCUGUGAGACAGGACCCCUGGUGUGCCCUGGCUCUGGCGUGACCUGGUGUGAGGGAAGCUGGAUCCUGGCAGCCCCCAGACAUCUGCGCGCAGUUUCCUCUGUGGAGCGGUCGCAGCGGCAGCGAGAGUGCUGGCAAAGACCAUUCCUCUGAAACAGUUUUUGAGCCUUGGUGGCAGAGGUGUUUUUCUACUUCCGAAUGAGGCUUUGCUGGAGCAUCCAGUUCCUCAUCUAUGCAAGAAAAAUGUACGGAAAGCAAAUGACCACCGGGGAUAGCUAAUGCAGCCUUACACUCUCAAAAAACCCCUUCAACCCCCCCCCAA